GUCUCAGUCUCUGCCCCCUUUACAAAAUACAAAAGACUAGAAGCUUCCUUUCAUUCUUAUUAGGGAGCCAGAUCUGGGGCCCUUUCAUCUUUUCUUUUGGCCCAGUCCCUUUAAGCAACUACUAUAUGCUCAGCUCCCAUAGCCCACAUACCUUAUUUCCUCUUCCCUCCAGACACCUCCUUGCCAAACAAGGAAAACCAAAGAAAAAUCUAAUAUCCUCAUAUAAAUGCCAUGCUCUCUGUGUAAGGGUAGUAGCAUCUUAAGUAAAAAUCCCUCUCCACCAAAAUCAUUUCAGAGACCUACAUUAAAAUGGGUCUAGUCUAAGCACCAGAGAAAACCAGAAAGCAGCAUACAACUCCACCACAUAAGGAAGAGAGCUUUGAGAGUUGCCAACUUAUUAGACACCAGCUCCUUAAUAAUGCCCCAGGGCUCCUGUGCCCCAAGUUCCAUUCCCAGCAGCCCAGAGUCCCAUCUGGGGAGGUUUGAAGAAAGGUAUGCUGGGAGUUUUAGGAUUUUGCCAGCAUGCUCCCAGACACUGGAAGCUGGUACCAAAGAAACUCUCCUGGGAAUAGGGACUCUACAUACUCCCAGGCUCCAGAACCCCAAGCAGUAUUUAGAAAACUCAAUCUUUUUCUAAACUGGCCCCAUCGUUGGCUCCUGGAAACAAUCCUGUCUUCAGAAAAAAUACUAGUGGGCUUUGGUUACCCUUCUAUAGAACUGAGAAAAACAAAAGCUUUAAGGAGGUACCCUGAGAACCAUGGGCCAGACACAAGAGGGCCAGGGCCUGAACCAACUUAAUUUUCCUAUUCUCAUUAAAAAUGUCCAGCAGUCAUUUCCUUAAGAGCUCCCACUCUCAAAAGCAGACCAAAUGUUCCAUCCUCAAUCCAUUCUAGAGGAACAAAGCAUUCAUUUGUGUGUGGGAAUAGUGAGAGGGGGGAAUUAAGAGGGAGAGUGAGGGAGGAGGGGUUAGAGAGUGAAGGAAAGAAAGCAGGUUCAGGAUGAAAGCCAGUAUUAGGAGAGAACUUUAUGACAAGGGAGAGAUGAGAGGACUGGGGUUGAUUUAUAGGUAGUCAGAAAAUGAAUAUAGGGAUCUAAAAGGGACAGAAAAAUCCUAGAUUGAAUAAACCAAAACUAGUAAAAGGGUAAUUAGUGUAAAGGCAAGUUAAAAGUAAUACAUGGUAGCAGGAAUGGCAGAGAGGAGGAGAAAGUAAAGAGGCAGUGUCAAGAAACCCACGAAGAAAAAGGGGGUUGAGGAAGAAAGGCAGGGACAGGACUAACAGAAAAAGUGACAAAACAGGAUUGGGGAACACAGAAGGCAAAAAUGCUGGGUUCCAGAAGGGGAAUGCCUCGACGCAAAGAGGAGGGCCAAGAAGGGAGAACUAUAACGCAGGGGGACAGAAGAGGACCCAAUAAUACAGAAGACCCUUCAAGAGGAGGAUCCUGUGUUCUCUGGGUGUUCCAGCCUCCUGAGAUUCACACCCAAGAGGGCACUACUGCCCUCCUGCCCUGCUCCUUCAAUGCCAGUCAAGGGAAACGGGCCAUUGGCGCUGUUACAUGGUACCGAGACAAGGUGGCUCCUGGGAAGGAGGUGAGCAAUGUGACCCCAGAGUUCAGAGGUCGUCUGGCCCCGCUGUCCUCUUCCCGAUUCCUCUAUGACCACCAGGCUGAGCUGCACAUCUGGGCCACUCGAGGAGAUGAUGCUGGUGUCUACGUGUGCAGGGUGGAGAUGCUGGGUCAGGGUGUCGGGACCGGGAACGGGACGCGGCUGCUGGUGAAGAAGGGACCUCCCCAGAGCAGCACAGUGCUCCUCCUUCGGGCUGGAUUCUAUGUCCUCAGCUUUCUUUCCGUGGCCAUGGGCAGCACCUGCUAUUACCAGGGCAAAGGGCACCGGCACAUGGGAACACACCAAGUCCUGGGGCAGCCUGUGCGGACUGAUUCCAGACACCAGUAAUCCCAAACCGCUUCAUGAGAACGCAACACACCCUUCCCUUCCUCACCACUCUUCUCUUGGUCCACCUCAUGCGUUUUUCUUCUCCAUCUCCAGAUUCCUACUAUACCUAUCUCUGGUUUCCCUGGUUGUUUCACCCACUGGAUCAAACCUAGAAAUGUCAAAGAAGAGAUGUUUCUGGCAAUCAUGCCAUCAGUGAUUUCAGCCACCACCCUAGAGUUCAGGGUACCCUCUCCUAGGCCCAGAGCAGAGGCUGCUGAGGCUGCUGCUGCUGCUGAGAAAUGGAGAUUACCAAAGCUGAUCAUUCCCACUUGUUAAGUGUCCCUUCCGGCCAGGCUUACAAAUUGUUUUCUGAGCUCGGCACCAGUGGCUCAUGCCUAUAAUCCUAGCUAUUUCAGAAGGCUGAGAUUUGAGGGUC